AUGUCUAGUCCUCAUUCUAAACUCUCAACUAAUGCAUUUCGAACUAUUUUGGCACGAGCAAGAAUGCCUGGAUAUCAAGCUAGUAAUAUUACUGAUACUCGAUAUUCAAUUAUAAAAAGAAUUCUAUAUGAAACUCCUCACCCAGAAAUUCCAAAAAUGACCGAAGAAGAUUUGGAAAGGCAUAAAACUAUUGAACGAGCAUGGAAAUUAUUUGUUAGAAAUCGAAAAGAACAACAAGAUGAUGAAAUGGCAGCUAAAUAUAGAAUGUUAAAUAAUGCAAAUAUAGAACUUGAAAAGUUACCAGGUAGAUUAUUUGGUCAAGCUCAACUAGGAAAUAAAAUUGCAUUAUUUCCUCGACAAUUAAAAAUUCCUACCGUCACUCCACCUUUAAAUGGUUGGAAUUAUGAUUUUACUCCUAGAAUCAAAACUGAUCUGAAAUCUGAUAAAAAAUAA